AUGACCUUUGCUCUCUCAUGCCUCACCUUCCUGAACAAACCAUUUCCCAGUAAAGCCCUGGACUCUGCCUGCUUUGGCAUCCCUGAAAGAAUUCACCAGCCUGUGCUAAGCAUAGUGAAUUAUAAGAUAGAGAACACUUUCUGUUUGCACGCACUCCUUGGCAGGGUGGCUGCAGGUGAGUGGGAACGGUGUGUGGCCAUUGGACUGCAAACGUGUGCUCCGUUUCAGGACCCUGCUGUGAUGCAGCACCAGCCCAGCACGGACUACGCGACGCUGGAUGUGUACAACCCCUUCGAUAACAGAGGGCUGCUUUCCUCGGCAGUGAGACAGAACAACUGGCCGCCGCUGCCCUCCUUCUGCCCCGUGAAGCCCUGCUUCUACCAGGACAUCUCGGUGGAAAUCCCCGCCGACUUCCAGAAAACAGUCUCCUCCAUGUACUACCUCUGGAUGGCCAGCACCGUGACACUCUUCCUGAACUUCUUGGCCUCGCUGGCCUGGUUCUGCGUGGAUUCCACAGCUGGCUCGGGCUUCGGCCUCUCAAUCCUCUGGGUUCUCCUCUUCACGCCCUGCUCCUUCCUGUGCUGGUACAGGCCAAUGUACAAAGCCUUCAGGAGCGACAGCUCGUUCAACUUCUUUGUCUUCUUUUUCAUCUUCUUCGUCCAGGACGUCGUGUAUGUGCUGCAGGCCAUCGGCAUCCCGGGCUCAGGGUUCAGCGGCUGGAUAGCGAGUCUGACGGUGCUGAGGAGCAACCAGGCUGCGGCUGCCAUCAUGCUCCUGGUGGCCGUGUUCUUCACAGUGGUGGCCGUGCUGGGGAUCUUCAUGCUCAAGAGGAUCCACUCCCUGUACCGCCGGACGGGGGCCAGCUUCCAGAAGGCUCAGGAGGAGGUUGCUGCAGGGGUCUUCUCAAACCAGGCGGGGCCUGUGGUCUCCCAGGCAUGA